GUGGACGGAACGGGAGGUGGCCGCCAUGUUUACGAAGGGCGACACGCUACGCGAGAAGCUGGCGGGGAUUGGCGGAGCGGCUGUCACCGACCGCUUCCUGCAGGGUCGGGGGGGGGAGGCCGGAGGUGAGGCGCAGUGGCCGGGCUGGGGCUUGUAGGUAGAGGUACAUCUUCAGCUCCUGUGAAUGGGCUCAGCAUCAGAGAGGUCAGUUGAAUUGUGUCCAUUUACGUCAUCUGAAGAUCUGGCCCUGAACUAGUCUGUUUCAUGCAGGUUCUCCUGCACUAGUACAGUGCUGCAAGCUUGGGUUAAAAACACUUCUAGGAAAUGUUUAUUGGUUUGUUUUGUUUUGUUUUAAUCCCACUUUGGGGGGAAACCUGUAAUAGAAAUGGUGGUCUUGAAUUUUGCAGAUUAUUUUUAAAAUUAUUUUGGGGCCAAAUUAAAAUGGAGAGUGGCCCUUUAAAGAUAUUCUUGAAACACCCACGGCAAAAUUCUUCAUAAGAUGGACAAACUGUAAAAACUGGCUCCUAGACUCUCCUUUCAAUUCAAUAGGACUUGUAGGGUCUCUACCUCUCUUUAUAUCAAGUGGCCAGCACUCAUAACUUCCACUGACUUCAGUGGGCAUUGGAUCUGAUUAUGGUGGGAGAAAUUUGAUUAAUAAGGAUUGUUAUGGUGCCACUUUCCUGAUGUAAUCUCAUAGGCUCGUCUAACAGUUCUCUUAAAAAUGCAACUGAGGGUCAUUUUAGAAAAGGAAUAGGAUGUGGGAGGCCAAGGACUGAGCCAGCACAGAGGCUGACCAAUGCUUUCUUGGAUCUGGAUGUGGUCCCAUCAGCUUAGAGGUUGGACAGUGUGGAGAAACAUGCUGCUGCUUUCUUCAUUUACUGGAGGAUUUCAGUCUUCAGGAUCAUCAAGCUAAUGCUUUUCACUAGCACUGGGAAGAGCUGGGAAUCUCCACUCUUUACCCACAAUGUCUGGGAUAGGCAACAAGCGGGCGGUGGCAGAGCCUGGCCCCUCUGGGCCCCCAGAGAAAAAGGCAGGGGUCGAAGACUCAGGAACCACAGUGGAGACCAUUAAGUUAGGAGGUGUUUCCUCAACAGAGGAGCUGGACAUCCGGACGCUGCAGACUAAGAACCGAAAGCUGGCAGAGAUGUUGGACCAGCGGCAGGCCAUUGAGGAUGAGCUGCGUGAGCAUAUUGAGAAGCUGGAGCGGCGGCAGGCCACCGAUGAUGCCUCUCUGCUGAUUGUGAACCGCUAUUGGAGUCAGUUUGAUGAAAAUAUCCGCAUCAUUCUUAAACGCUAUGACCUGGAGCAAGGUCUUGGAGACCUUCUGUCUGAACGAAAAGCCUUGGUGGUGCCAGAACCAGAACCAGACUCAGACAGCAAUCAGGAACGUAAGGAUGAGAGGGAGCGAGGAGAAGGGCUGGAGCCAGCAUUCUCCUUCCUAGCCACCCUGGCCAGCAGUACCAGUGAGGAGAUGGAGUCUCAGCUGCAGGAGCGUGUGGAGUCCUCCCGCCGAGCUGUCGCCCAAAUUGUGACAAAGUAUGACAAGCUUCAGGAGAAGAUGGACAUGCUGUCCCACAAGCUAAAUAGUGGAGAUGCGUCAUUGGUGGAUGAAGCCGUCCAGGAACUAAAUUCCUACCUUGCACAUGAAAAUGGACGGCUGCAGGAACUGGCUGAUUUACUCCAGGAAAAGCACCGAAUCAUGUCUCAAGAGUUCUCCAAGUUGCAGGAGAAAGUAGAGAUGGCAGAGUCGCGGGUGUGUGUGCUGGAGACCAUGAUCGACGACCUUCAGUGGGAUAUUGACAAGAUCCGCAAGAGAGAGCAGCGGCUCAACCGGCACCUGGCCGAUGUGCUGGAACGGGUGAAUUCGAAAGGUUACAAGGUAUAUGGAGCUGGGAGCAGCCUCUACGGGGGUACGAUCACCAUCAAUGCUCGCAAGUUUGAAGAAAUGAACGCUGAGCUGGAGGAAAACAAGGAGCUGGCUGGGAACCGCCUCAGUGAGCUGGAAAAAUUGCGUCAGGAUCUCGAGGAAGUGAUGACACAGAAUGAGAAACUGAAGGCGGAGUUGCGGAGGGCGGUGGAAGAGGCUGUGAAGGAGACUCCUGAGUACCGCUGCAUGCAGUCCCAGUUCUCAGUCCUGUAUAAUGAGAGUCUCCAGCUGAAGGCACAUCUGGACGAGGCACGCACUCUGCUUCAUGGCACUCGCAGCACACACCAGCGCCAGGUGGAACUCAUCGAGCGGGAUGAGGUCAGUCUCCACAAGAAGCUGCGCACAGAGGUGAUCCAGCUAGAGGACACUCUGGCACAGGUCCGCAAGGAGUAUGAGAUGCUGAGGAUAGAGUUUGAACAGACACUUGCUGCCAAUGAACAAGCAGGCCCAAUAAAUCGGGAGAUGCGUCACCUCAUCAGCAGCCUCCAGAAUCACAACCACCAGCUGAAGGGGGAAGUGCUGAGGUACAAGCGCAAGCUGAGGGAAGCCCAGUCCGACCUGAGCAAGACUCGCUCCCGCAGUGGGAGUGCCCUCCUGCAGUCCCAGUCCAGCACUGAAGAGACCAAGGAGGAACCAUCGGAGAUCAAACAGGAGCCUGAUGAUUCUUCUGCCCAGGUGUCUGUGCCUAAGGCUGCCCCCGAGGAUGCCAGUGAUGCCAAGGCCAAGCGAGAUGAAGAGGAGAGGGAGCGCGAGAGACGGGAGAAGGAGAGGGAGCGCGAGAAGGAAAAAGAGAAGGAGAGAGAGCGGGAAAAGGAGAAGGAAAAAGAACGGGAGCGAGAGAAGCAGAAGCAGAAGGAGUCUGAGAAGGAGAGAGAGUCCACCAAGGAGAAGGGGAAGCAUGAAGAUGGGAGGAAAAAGGAGGCUGAAGUGAUCAAGCAGCUGAAAGCUGAUCUCAAGAAAGCUCAGGAGAGCCAGAAGGAGAUGAAGUUGCUGUUAGACAUGUACCGCUCGGCCCCAAAAGAGCAGAGAGACAAAGUUCAGCUCAUGGCAGCCGAGAAGAAGUCCAAAGCUGAGCUGGAUGAGCUGAGGCAGAGGGUGAAGGACCUGGAGGACAAGGAAAAAAAAGAAAGUAAAAAAAUGGCAGAUGAGGAUGCCCUACGAAAGAUCCGGGCAGUGGAGGAGCAGAUUGAGUAUCUGCAGAAGAAACUAGCAAUGGCCAAGCAGGAAGAAGAGGCCCUGCUUUCAGAAAUGGAUGUCACUGGACAAGCCUUUGAGGAUAUGCAAGAACAGAACAUUCGCCUUAUGCAGCAGUUGCGGGAGAAGGAUGAUGCCAACUUCAAGCUGAUGUCAGAACGCAUCAAGUCAAACCAGAUCCACAAACUACUGAAGGAGGAGAAGGAGGAGCUGGCAGACCAGGUCCUGACCCUGAAGACACAGGUGGAUGCUCAGUUACAGGUUGUGCGGAAGCUGGAGGAAAAGGAACACCUGCUACAGAGCAAUAUAGGCACUGGAGAGAAAGAGCUAGGCCUCCGAACCCAGGCGCUGGAGAUGAACAAACGCAAGGCAAUGGAUGCAGCCCAGCUUGCUGAUGAUCUCAAAGCACAGUUAGAGCUGGCUCAGAAGAAGCUACAUGACUUUCAGGAUGAGAUUGUGGAGAACAGUGUGACUAAAGAGAAGGAUAUGUUCAACUUCAAACGUGCUCAGGAGGAUAUCUCCAGGUUGCGUAGGAAGUUGGAGACCACAAAGAAACCUGAUAUGGUGCCCAACUGUGAUGAGAUCUUGAUGGAGGAGAUCAAAGAUUACAAGGCGCGUCUGACCUGUCCAUGCUGCAACAUGCGUAAGAAGGAUGCUGUGCUCACCAAGUGCUUUCAUGUCUUCUGCUUUGAGUGUGUGAAGACGCGCUAUGACACCCGGCAGCGCAAGUGCCCCAAGUGUAAUGCUGCCUUUGGUGCCAAUGACUUCCAUCGGAUCUACAUCGGCUGAGUUUUGCCAUGGAGAGACAGAGGCAUCUCUUCCGCUGACCACCCAGCCCCUUCCUCUGAUUGUCUGUCUGUCACCAGCAGGGCAGUCACUGCUUCUCCACCAUCCACGUUCUCUUCCAGAACAAGUGACCCUGGGUUAGGGAGGGGGAAGAGGCAGGUUUGGGAUCUCUGCUCAUCUUCUCUUUCUGCCUUUCCCUUUAAUCUUGAUGGGACCCCCACCACACAAUGGUCAUUCCCACUCACCCCCUCCACACUGCUGAGUCGGGGUUGCUGCUGUGGAGUAAUAAAGCCUAACUCAACCCUAAUCCCAGGGAUGAUGGAAUUGCCCAUGGCAGAAUAGAGAUGAGCCUGAGGCCUUGAAAUAACAAGUCAGCUUUGGGUAUUAAAUGGACGAUGUUAGGGUAAUUUUCCCCCUCCCUAUUAAAAUCUUUUCCUAUGAUUACAACAAACCCCUUGGAAGGUGGGAAACUUGUGUCCUUCCUAGAAAUGUCCCCCUCUGUGUAUUUGUGUGCUGGUGAUUGUUUUUGUAGGGGUGCUUGGAAGGGCUGGGCAGCACACCGAGCUUUUUUAUUCUUGUAGGGUUUUUCAAUGUGAAUAGCCUACCAGUUAAAGGCCCUGAGGCAGGAGGGAACUUAAGCACAAGUACUGUUGACUUCAGUGGGAAGACUUGUAUGCUUAAAGUUAGGCACAUGGUUAAGUACCUUUCUGAUUCAGGGCCAGAAUCUGCAAGGAGAGCCGUAGAAAAAGCUGGGGCAGCUGAGAAGAUGUUGCCUUCCCAACCCAAAGGCAUGCUGCAUACACCUUAAUGUCAGGAAGGAGAGAGAGAGAAGUACAGGAGAAUUCUCGAGAAUAGCAUUCCAUUGAUGUGCCCCAUUUGGUCUGGAUGAAAUAUGGACACUUUUCUGUUCCCUCCCACGUGGCUGGGACCUCACUGUCAGUGUCCUUAUUUUCCAGAAGACUAUUUGUAGUGGUUACUUUGGUACAGCUUUGCCACAAGGACUAUUCUUGUACUAUACAAACUCCAAUAAAAACUGUGGUUCCAUU